GAUGAUUGGUAUUCUAUAGCAAUUCGACCAAUACCGAUGUCGCGAGAUUUGCUAAAUGUAGCGUGUGACCUAACAGUCAAAGAGGAAGUAAACUUGGACGGAUGGAGUGUCUGGACAGAAGAUUUUACGUUGAGAUAUCCUGUAGAAUUUAGUCAUGAACUACCAGCCCGUGUCGCCUACCUACUACGUCUACGUUAACGGGGCGUUUGUUCCCGUAGCGCUGGCUCCAGGACAAAUACCAUGUGGGCCGGUACCAUACUAUGUAUAUAUAAACGGGGCGUUUGUACAAGUAGCGCCAGCCCCCGGAUACCAACCACAGCCUUAUGGGUGUAUGUCGGUAUCCCCGCCUUACCAGCAACAACCACAACAAGUACAACAACUUCGACAACUCCAACAACACGUACCACCAGCGUAUCAGCAACCUGUCCGCGAGGAAAAGGGAGGCGUCCCUCCACCACUGCCUCCGAUGAAACCAUAUGUGAUGGUAUGCGCCAUAGACUUUGGUACAACAUAUAGCGGUUAUGUUUGUUCCUGGACUGAAGAGUUCAAAGAGGAUAAACUGCGGAUGUUUUGUCGGACGUGGAAGGCCGAACAAGGCCAGACGGAGAAAACGCCUACUGUGGCCCUGUUUGACCCGGACAUGAACUUUAAAUACUUUGGUUAUGAAGCUGAAGAAGGGUAUGCAAACCUAAAACCCGAUGAAAAAAAGCUGUGGUACCUAUUUCAAAAAUUCAAAAUGAAACUCUAUGAGGCUGAGGAUCUAAGCUUAGAAGCAACGUUGCGAGCAUUCAACAGAAAUGAUGUCAAGCCAGCUGUAAUAGUAAUUGCAGAAAUACUCAAAUAUCUGAAGGCUGAUGUCCUUGCACAGGUCAAGCGGAGAGAUUCCAAAUCAAUGGUGGCAACAGAUAUGAUCCGAUGGGUCCUCACGGUUCCUGCCAUUUGGAGUGACAAAGCCAAGAUUUUCAUGAGAAGUGCCGCGGAACAGGCUGGUAUUGACAAGGAGGACCUGCUGCUGGCACUAGAACCGGAAGCUGCCGCCCUUUACUGCCGUCAUAUCAAAGUAGACAUGACCGCUUCCGUUGUAGGUAGGACGGAGAACAAACCACUGAAAUCGGAAACAAAAUUCAUGGUAGCCGACCUUGGAGGAGGCACAGCCGACAUCACUGUCUACAGAAAGACAGAAGGUGGAGCUCUUCGGGAGUUACAUCCACCAACAGGCGGUCACUGGGGAGGCACAACAGUGGACGAAGCUUUUCAAAAGAUGUUGGUAGCUAUAUUUGGAGGUGAAACCAUCGACAUAGCAAAAGAGGAAUAUCCCGGAGAAAUGUUGAGUCUUCAACACAAUUUUGAAUGUGCCAAGAGAUAUUUUAAUCCCAGUGAAAACGGUGAAGUAUCUUUUAGAAUCCCAGCAGUCCUAGGAGAAAUACUAGAAAGAUUGACGGGCCAGAGUAUUCAGGAAUACAUGAAAGGCAUCGGGCCAUCUGGUGAUGGAGUAUCAUUUAUCGCCGAUAAAAUGUCCAUCAGUAAAGUCAGAUUUGAGAGUCUGUUUAGUACCUCGUUGGACAAUAUGAUCCAGCAUCUGAACGGUCUGAUGGAGAACAUCAAUAUCAUGCCUCUGGAUGCCGUUGUGCUUGUUGGUGGGUUCUCAGAGGCGAAGAUCAUAAGAAGCCGUUUUGAGGACUUUUUCAGCGAGACCAGAUUCAUAUCACCGAACGACCCAUCCAUGGCCGUGUUAAAAGGAGCUGCCUUGUUCGGCCACGAACCGUUGGCAAUCACCUCGCGGGUGUGUAAAUAUACAUAUGGUAUUGCUGUAACAGUGCCAUUUAAGGUCGAAAAACACGAUGAAAAGAGAAGAGUCAAGAUUGGUGACGAUUUUUUUUGUGACGACGUAUUCGAUAUUCACCUUCGGAAGGGAGAACCUGUUGCUGUAGGAUCACAGCAAGUGGUGAAGAGGUUUUCGGCUCCUGUCAAUCAAAAUCAUGUGAUUGUAGAGGUGUAUGCAUCACCCGACAACAAUCCAAAAUAUGUGUCGGAAGAAAAAUGCAUAAAGCUGGGUUCAGCAGUUGUAGCUUUGUCUGAGAAACACAAAAAAGACGACCCCAUCGACGUUAAAAUUAUCUACGCGGGUACGGAACUUGAAGUCCAAGUGUUGGAAGUAUCGGCAAAUAAAAUGUCCCGUGCAAAGGUCAAGUUUGUGGGAUGAAUGUUGUAGGGACCGAAACAACGACAGUUCAACAUCUGGAAAACUUUGAAUUUCCUUAAACCCGUUUAACUUUCGUCGCACAACAGUUUCACGACACGCCAUAGAUAGAAAAUUGUGACAGACUUUUUAAAACUGCUGAGACGGCUUGCGAACAAAAAUUCUGUCGUAGACCCUUGUCGUUAAGAAUUGAACAUGUUCUAAAUCUUUUAAAGUUUUAAGUAAUUAAUGACGCCGAGCCUACCUUGUACGUCGUAAUAUGUCAUAUGACUGUAUAACGACAGACGUACCAGUUUUAUACAAUAUUGAAUCCCAAACCCACGUCAGUCCUUUCUGUCGUUGCCCAUUGAAAACGUCGUAACAAAUGAUAGGUUAUAUGUGAAAAGAAUGUCAGCUUGUACAGUAACGAUUCUUUGUGAUUCAGGAAAAUAUCUGUCUAUAUUUGUGUUCAGCAAGGUCACCUUACUAUAAUCCCUAUGUAUGUUUAUACUCGUAAGUGAUCAAGUAGGCGGUAUCACUGUUCGUUUUCCUAUGUUCAUGUGGCAUUACAAGAUGUACUAAUGACGUCAGUAAAGCCAUGUUCCAAAAGAAGGUUUAGAUAUCCUAGACGACCUCCUCGUUAAAUGUACCAUUUAUUAAACUGUUUCUCGCUCUCUUUUUAACUAAGCUUCACAGCAAAUGCAUAUACUUCAAGAUAUAUGCUACCUUACUGUAACCGUUAAUGUCUUUCCAGCAUCCUCGAUAUUCAGGUGCUACGCUCACUUGCGAUCUCUGCACGUCUGGAGUAUGUCAUAGUAAAAAGUCUCAGUGUGUGUCGCCUUGUGGAUGACACAAGAAGUCUCGUUUGAGACUUUGAUGUAUCUUGUGGUCGCGUAACGGUAAAAGUAACUGGUUUUUUUUAAGUCGGGAGCUGAUCCUCUGUGUUUGUCACAGGACAGUGAUCAACCUAGUAAUUGGUCAGGUUCUUUUUUAUAUAUAUAUCUGAGACCAAUUAGAUAGCUAGCCGCGUGUCUUUCAAUUUUGCUAUGACAUAUUCCUGGUUUACAGAAAUCGAAAGUGAGCGAAACUCCUAGAUGCCUUUCCAGCAGCAACUCAAAAUGAUCAGAUAUCUAAAUAAAAAAUUGAGGUAACUCUAGUACAAGUGGCAGGCAUACUGUUUAAGGGAGUAUAAUCAUUUAAUCUUAUUUAUUUAUUUUUAUUUUUAUUGUAUUUGUGUGUUCAAUAAAAUCGUUGCAAACCAUAUGAA